AUGUUCGAGCCUUGGCGAAGUUGGGUGAACUCGUGCAGCAUUGGGACGCUGGUGAAUAUACUGUCGUAUAAGCUGGAUCCGUCCACACUACGAGCCUGGGAGGAGAAAACGAGCAACAAAGACGACGUGACAUACGAAGAACUGGUUGAGUUCAUCUACCAACGUGUACGUGUGUUGAAUUCUGUAGGUCCUGGGAUACAGCAACCGACAACAUCGAAGGUGGCCGGCAGUACUUGGGAAGAAACCAAGUUGAAAUUCGCAGCCAAUGCAGCUGAACUGUCCAACAAGUCUCCGUCAUGCCUGUUGUCGUGCUCAGACAGCCACUCCUUACGAAAUUGCCCAGUGUUUCUGGCAAAAGGUGUCCGCCAGCGUCGCGAGCUGGUUUCGCAGAAACGGUUAUGUUGGAACUGUUUGAGUUUCGGCCAUCAAGCGAAAAAAUGUAGGUCGAAAUAUACGUGUCGUUCGUGUCACGACAAACAUCAUUCAUUAUUACAUGAUUCGUCUUCAAGCAAAGGCACGCAAAAUGCUACCGAUUCAGGAUCGCCACAACCAAUCUCCCCGGUUCAGCAACCGCUUCCAUCUGCUUCAAACUCCGUUCAACCGCAAGUAAGCAUGGCGGCUCAAACCGCAUGCAAUAUGGUCCUGUUGGAAACAGUUGCACUCAACGUUGCUGAUGAUCACGGUAAGGAAUACAAGGCCAGAGCACUCCUUGAUUCGGCAUCCAUGUCGAAUUUCAUUUCGAAGAAUUUCGCACAGCUUCUGCUCACCCGUCGGUCGAAGGUGGAUAUUUCAGUUGCAGGGAUCGGCCUGUCCACACAAAGGAUUAAGAGCGCUAUUAGGGCUACAAUAGUGUCGAGAACUCAACCAUUCACUACCAAACUCGAGUUUCUCAUCUUGGGGCAGCCAUCCGCUGAGCUGCCAACCAUGCCGAUCGAUAUAUCGGCCUGGAAUCUCCCGCAAGUUACGCUUGCAGAUGCACAAUUCCAUGUACCAGGAAGUAUUGAUCUUGUUAUCGGAAGUGAAGCUUUCUGGGAAUUACAUACAGGUAGGAAGCUCUGUAUUGGAAAUGGGCUUCCUUGGUUGAGUGAAUCGCCAUUCGGAUGGGCGGUCUCUGGUGCCGCAUCAAAUGGGCUUAUGUGCAUUCCACGGAUCUGCAAUUUUUCCACUUUAAAUCAACAGCUAGAGGCUGCACUUCAGAAGUUCGAACGAUUCCCACUGGGCCUGCACACUCCAUCGAAGAGAAUCGUUGCGAAGAAUUGUACAACGCAACUGUUAGUCGCGGACCGUCGGGUAGAUAUAUCGUGCGGCUGCCACGAGUUGAAAAUCCUGAAAUCAUUCUGGGGACCUCCAGGGCUAUUGCAGAACGCCGUUUUCAUAGUCUGGAGCGUCGAUUUUCCUACAGUCAAGGACUCGUAUCACCGCUUUAUGGCUGAGUAUGAACAGCUCGGUCAUAUGAAAAGGCUAGAAGAGCCUAUAGACGAUACCAAAUUACAUUGCUACUUACCGCAUUACCCAGUAUUCAAGGACUCUAGCACAACGACGAAGGUCAGAGUCGUUUUUGACGCGUCGUGCAAGACGGCGUCUGGUUAUUCACUCAACGACACGUUACUGGUUGGACCCGUAGUGCAGCAAGACUUGCUGUCCAUCGUCAUGAGGUUUCGGACACAUCCCAUCGCUCUCGUUGCCGACAUUGAAAAAAUGUACCGGCAAAUUCGGCUUCACACUGAGGAUCAACCGCUUCAGCGAAUCCUAUGGCGUGCGCACCCAGACGCACCUGUUUUCACUUAUGAGCUGCAGACAGUAACAUAUGGCACGGCUAGUGCUCCUUAUCUGGCCACUCGAUCUUUGCAGCAGAUAGCAGAGGAUAAUCGACAGUAUUAUCCUACAACAGCCAACUCAGUCACGGAAGAUUUCUACGUGGACGAUUUUCUGUCUGGUGCGCCAGACAUAGAAUCUGCUAUAAGACGUCGCAAAGAAGUUUCAACAAUGCUUAGCACCGCUGGGCUGCCACUAAAAAAGUGGGCAUCGAAUGCCCCCGAGGUUCUCGAGGAUGUCCCGCCAGACGAUCUGGCCAUUCUCCCUUAUCGGAACCUACAGGACGAUCAAGCCGUGUCCACCCUCGGUCUUGUUUGGGAACCAAAGUCGGACGUACUGCCCGCUCCCGUCCUGACAAAACGCAAGGUACUGUCGUACAUUGCGCAGAUUUUCGACCCACUUGGAAUCGUGGGUCCAACGAUUGCCAUGGCCAAACUCUUCAUGCAACAUCUCUGGGCGUUGAAAAAGAAUGGCGAAUCCUGUGAGUGGGACACUCCGCUCCCCCCGAAACUGCAAGCGGUAUGGAAACAAUUCCAUACCACACUUUUGAUGAUAGGCGAAGUUCGCGUUCCACGUUUCGUGUCUGUACCUGAGGGCAAUAACAUCCAGCUUCAUUUUUUCUCGGAUGCGUCAGAGCGAGCUUAUGGGACAUGCUGCUAUGUUCGUACCGAAACUGCAGGUAUUGUUUCGGUCCAUUUGUUGGCUUCUAAAUCUAAAGUCUCGCCGUUAGCUACACGUCACACUAUCGCCAGGUUGGAGUUAUGCGCCGCAGAAUUAUCGGUCAAGCUGUACAAGAAAAUUAAAACCGCCGUAAAACUGUCAUCAAUCGCAUACUUCUGGACAGAUUCCGCAACUGUUUGCGUGGUUGCGUGGGCCUCCGACGCGUUGGAAAACCUUCGUUGCCAACCGGGUAUCGAAGAUGCAGCUUUCUACCGAUCCAGAGAUCUGGUGUCACGUUUCCGGCAUCGAGAAUCCCGCCGACGAUUUAUCACGCGGUUUGAACCCAAUCGAUCUCCUAAAUCGCACACGCUGGUGGACUGGCCCACCAUAUCUACUGCUUCCGCAAGAACGUUGGCCAAAAUCACCGUUGUUGGAACGAGAAUCAACUGA